CCUACGCCUUCUCCCGCCUCACCCUCCUCCUUCCUGCUCUCUUCGCUCCCCACCGUCAAUAUCACCUACGACGUUCUUUUUUCCCAGUCGGAAUCGUCGCUUGGACUCAGUUUCCUGGCUUGCCCGAGCUCGCUGACACUCCUCUACCCUCUGCACACUCCUGGCGCCUCUCUAGUAAACAAGUUGCACAUAUAACCACAGCGCCCUCCUCACGUAAACAUGUCCGCUGAAGAGGAUCUCAUCGACUAUUCCGACGAGGAGCUUCAGCCAAAUGAGCCCGCUGCCGCUUCCAAUGGCGACGCGAAGAAAGGCGACCUGACAACCACCGGCGCGACCACUGCUAAAGGAUCCUAUGCCGGUGUCCACGCUCAAAGCUUUGAGGAUUUCCUGCUCAAGCCAGAACUGAUCCGUGCCAUUACGGACUGCGGUUUCGAACAUCCAUCCGAGGUCCAAGGACAAUGUAUCCCUCAAGCCAUUCUGGGCACCGACGUUAUCUGCCAGGCUAAGUCCGGUCUUGGCAAGACCGCAGUCUUCGUGCUUGCUUCCCUUCAACAGAUCGAGCCAGUCCAGGGUGAGACCUCUGUACUUGUCAUGUGUCAUACCCGUGAGUUGGCAUACCAGAUCCGCGCCGAGUACCAGCGCUUUGGCAAGUACAUGCCCAAUGUCAAGACGGGCGUGUUUUAUGGUGGCACGCAAAUCAACAAGGACAUCGAAAUCCUGAGGAACAAGGAGACCCAUCCACAUAUCAUUGUUGGCACACCAGGCCGUCUGAACGCUUUGGUCCGCGACAAGCACCUCAAGCUCGGCAACAUUCGCCAGUUCAUUCUCGAUGAGUGCGACAAGAUGCUUGACCAAGUUGAUAUGCGUCGCGACGUCCAGGAAAUAUUCCGCGCUACCCCGACGCAGAAACAGGUGAUGAUGUUCAGCGCCACCCUAUCAGAGGAAAUUCGACCCGUCUGCAAGAAGUUCAUGCAGAACCCUCUCGAGAUCUAUGUUGACGAUCAAACGAAGCUCACGCUUCACGGUCUUCAACAGUACUACAUAAAACUUAGCGAGUCUGAGAAGAACCGCAAGCUCAACGAGCUUCUCGACAAUCUAGAGUUUAACCAAGUCAUUAUCUUCGUGCGCAACACCGUCCGUGCCACAGAACUGGACAGGUUGCUCCGCGAGUGCAACUUCCCUAGCAUUGCGGUUCACUCCGGCAUCAGUCAGGAGGAGCGUAUCAAGCGCUACAAGGAGUUCAAGGACUUCAACAAACGCAUCUGUGUGGCCACUGACGUCUUUGGUCGUGGUAUCGACAUCGAGAAGAUCAACUUGGCCAUCAACUACGACUUGCCUAAGGAUGCGGACGCCUACUUGCAUCGUGUCGGUCGUGCCGGCCGUUUUGGCACCAAGGGUCUCUCCAUCUCUUUUGUAAGUUCGGAGGAGGACGAUGAGGUGCUGAAGUCUAUUCAGAAGCGCUUCCAAGUUGCCGUUCCGGAGUAUCCAGCUGAAGGAAUUGAUUCAAGCACUUACAUGGCAGCAUAAGCGUGGGAACCAGAGCAUAAAGUGACUUGAGCAAGGGUUUGAUGGCCGGCUGCGAUUAAGCGGGAGGCCGCUUGCCCUUCUGAUUGGACUUCGGCGUUGCGGGAAACAUGAAGGGCAAUACGGUUUGGCAAUACAAUGAUCAAAAAGCAAAGUGAGGUUUCUCUGCAGUCGGCUCUGUACGCUUAGACGAUAGCUUCGAUGAAUCAAUAUCAACAGGCGUUUGCUACUCUUGGUGCUAGCACUGUCCUGAAUGAUAUUCUCUCCA